GCGGUGUUAAGGUUAAGUGGCCGUCUGCGGGGAGGAAAGUUGUUUCCUUACGAGAUGUGAAAAAGGGCGUUUGCGUUUGUCGUUGGAAAAGAGAAAAAGACUACACUACUAGAUCACCACGUGGCUCAUGCGUCCGCCUUGUCUUGAUGCGUUUCUCUGCGGUGUGCUUCUCUCUGCCGUUCAACCACCGCAUCUCACGAUCCCUUCGCCGUUAAGCAGGGAUCCAGUCUCAGAGCUGUCGGCGAUGUGCCAUUUCGACUUGUCCGAGCUUCUCUUCAUGCAUUCUUCUUGCUCUCUCUACGUCCCGUGCUCAACAAACCCUCAGGUCUCAUUGAUGGGCAACGUCGUACGUGCGUCCGGCAACAACUCGUCACACGGCCCUGAGCAGGGGAUACCCAGACUUACAUCAUUCACACCAUUCACACCAUUCACACCCUACCCUCUGGUGUUUACAAGAGCACUUCGACCUUCCCAUCAACAGUUCAACGUCCGUGCUCUUCUCCCUCGGUUUCCCAAAGAGGGUGCCGACUGUCUGGGACUGCCGACUUCACUGUUUCUAAUCGCCGACUCCAGCGGGCUUAAGCACGCAAGUCACACCACAAAGUCGGCACCCCCAGACCCUUCUUUCCCCUAGUCAUGAGUCCCAUGAGCCCAUGGUCUGUCCGUCCGUCCGUCUGUAUGUUCAUUCGAGAGGCGGAGAACCUCCCCUACGUCUACCCAGCACUGGACACUCUUGGAACCGCGAACCCGGCCGCCGCCGACUCUAGGAGCCACGCCCUCUGAGCCUCUGCCUGGGGAUCAGAGGCGGCGUCGUCGUUGUUUCGACCUUCUACGAAACCGACGUGGUCCGUCCUUCCUUCACAUACCCUCAGGCUUCCCCAGAGUUUGCCCAAGGGGCCGUUUAGACUCAGCCUUACCCUCCCCGAUCCCGGACCC